CUGCAGUGCCCAAGUGUGGUCGGCGGGCUUGGAAGAGAGGAGAGCUGGGGAGGGGAGGGAAGGGGGGAGAAGACGAGACAAAGAAGGAAGACGGUGGCUUGGCUGCUUUUGCGCCCGCUCUUUGCAAGCCUCCCUCCCCACCCCAUUCGCGUUUCUAGUUUCUCCUCCUCCUGGAAUUUUCCCUUUGGGUUUUUUUUUCCUUUUAAAAUAUCCUUAAAUAAACUCGGUCGGUGACUCAGCCCGCCUUUCUCCUCCAUCCCGCCCGUCUCUGCUCUCCGGGAGGCUGAUUCGUGGCCAUGCACUCGGCUGAAUCAGCGGUGGCCGCUGCAAACUCGGGGCAACCGCCCCAUGGCGGCGGCGAUGAAGGGCGCUUUAGCGUCCUCAGCUGGCAGCAGGUACAGCGGCUGGACCAGAUCCUCGAAGAAGCUGUGCCCAUCCACGGCCGCGGCAACUUCCCCACUCUGGCGGUGCGGCCACGCAGGAUCGUGCAGGUGGUCCGCAGCCGUCUAGAAAAGAAGGGGGUUGCCGUCCAUAAUGUGAGACUGAAUGGCUCGGCGGCUAGCCACGUACUUCAUCAAGACAGUGGUCUGGGGUACAAAGAUCUGGAUCUCAUUUUUGGGGUCGAGCUGAAAAGUGAGGAUGUCUUCCAGCUGGUGAAAGAUGUUGUAAUGGACUGCCUCUUGGACUUCCUCCCGGAAGGGGUAAACAAAGACAAGAUUACUCCUAUGACUCUGAAAGAGGCCUAUGUGCAGAAGCUGGUGAAAGUGUGCAAUGAAACGGACCGCUGGAGCCUUAUCUCGCUGUCGAACAACAGUGGGAAGAAUGUAGAACUCAAAUUUGUAGACUCUCUCCGACGGCAGUUUGAGUUUAGCGUCGAUUCCUUCCAGAUCAUAUUGGACUCACUCUUGCUGUUUGGGGAGUGUUCGGAGAACCCGAUGUCGAAGAACUUCCACCCUACUGUCACUGGGGAGAGCAUGUAUGGGGACUUUGAAGAGGCAAUGGACCACCUGAGGAACAGGAUCAUCGCCACUAGGAAUCCAGAGGAGAUCAGAGGCGGCGGGCUUCUAAAGUACUGCAACCUUCUAGUGAGGGGAUUUAAGCCCAAAUCGGAGGUCGACAUGAAGGCACUACAGAGAUACAUGUGCUCCAGGUUUUUUAUAGACUUUCCUGAUAUCGGAGAGCAGCAGCGGAAGUUAGAGUCGUACCUUCAGAGCCAUUUUGUUGGUAUGGAGAGUAAGAGGUAUGAUUGCCUGAUGACCCUGCACAGAGUGGUGAAUGAGAGUACGGUGUGCCUGAUGGGACACGAAAGGCGGCAGACGCUGAACCUCAUUGCCAUGUUGGCUGUGAGGGUCUUGGCUGAGCAGAACAUAAUCCCAACAGUCACAAAUGUGACUUGCUAUUAUCAGCCGGCACCCUAUGUCAGCGAAAUAAAUGUCAAUUACUAUGUAACUCACAUGCAACCUCUCAUGCCUUGCAGUCACUCCUACCCAACUUGGCUCCCCUGCAACUGAGUUUUGCAAUGGCUCUCCUUAAUACUCUAGGGAGGGCAGUGGGACUAGAGGCCAUUCACCCUUGAGAAGAAAAAACGAAACCAGAACUCUUGCUUCUACAUUGAAAUGAAGUCAGUCUGCUGUAUACUGUGGGGGGAAACCAUGCAGUGUUAUGAGUAGUUAAGAGAUGUUUACAGUAAGAAAAAUGCUUGAGUUAUGUAUGGGGUGAGUAGGAUUAGGUUAAAAGGUAGAGCUGCACUACCUGAGCUGAACCAUAUAUAUAUUUUUCCCCUUUUUAAUACAAGAGGUGGGGUUGUGCAGACUCUUAUUUCUGAAGAGAUGUCAGAGUGGCUGAUUCCUUGCGAAGGACCAAAUAUAUCCUAUUCAAGUGCCUGCAACCAAAAAAGAAAUUGUACUGUAACCUUGAAUAUUUUUUUUUGUAGGGGCAGAGCUCCUUCUUGGUAGUUCAAGUAGGGAUAUCUGAUUUUUUUGGGGGGUGGGGGGUGGGGAGGUAGGGUCACCUGAUCAUUUCUGUCAAGGGAACUGAUGCAGUGGCUUGAAAGAGCAGUGCCAGCAGUACUGAUUAGCAGUCAGUGUGGGGAAGCCAGAGGUAGUAAGCAUCAGCACCACUGUUUUUGAUGUUGUACAAAAAAAUCCUCAUGAAGGGUGAAAGGAAGACUGGGGAACCUGUCUCCCAAGUAUUGCCCUACUAAAUGUGCAGUGCCAAAAAUCUGACUUCAGGAAAUAUCCUGGAGGGAAGGGGGGAAAUGUUGUGAAUUUUGUGGUAUUAAAAAAAAACCCAACCCUGAUUGGUAGGCUGUUGGGAUGAAAUGAGCUUAAUCUGAACCACUAGCAGACUUAAGUCAACUGAUAUGUUCUUGGUGGGGGUUUUGACUGUGAUUGAGGUUUGGGCAAAGAGCCCUGGAGCUCAUUCCGAAAACUGCAACCAGUUUGUUGUAGCCCCCUGCUCUGAGAAUGGCUCUCCCUUUAACUAGAUGCCUGCGUUCUGCUACUUGGCUCCAUACCUGAGUAAGUUGGCAUUUUAUGUAACUUAGCGAUGGACCUCUUGUUAGCAAAGACUUGAGAGGGGAGAGAUGCCCAGUUUCCCUUUUUUGGCAACUGCAAGAAAAUGGGAGAUCUCAGAUAAAACCGAUCAGACUUGUGUCCAAGAGGAUUUUAGUGUCAUGUAUAAAUACCAGACAUUUGAAGUGGCUACUUACACAGCACACAAUAAUCCUUCCUGAUGUGUGGGGGUGCAUCACAGCUCCUGCGUAAAGUGUUGGUUCAGGUUAAUGCCCCCAUGCUUUUUUUAGAAAGCUGAAGCGAUUGAACACUUUAGCUUUUUGGUUGUGCCUACUAUAAAGGGCUGCAUUAAAAUAUUUCAUGGUACAUCCCUGAAGGUCAACUUAUUUACUAAUGUUUGUUUGCAGUAAAGCUGUACCAAGUUUGGGGCAAUCUGGGGAAAAAAAUAAAUAAAAUAUCAUGCUUGGAUUGUUGUCUAGGUAAAAACUCUGCCUCUUUUCCUGCAAAAGUGUGAGCUGGGUUGGCAAAGACCAAACCAUUCUCAAGCCUGUGGCCACAUUGACAAAACACCUGCUCCAGCGUUGCCACUUCCACCUUUCUUUCUUGAUGAGGAGGUGCCACUGAGUUCUAAGAGGUCCAAUAACUGUGUAAAUAGAGAGUUCUUCUGCAAUAUAAAUAGCUCUUGAGCUGGGAGGAGAGUGUUCCUCGACAUACCAGUGAAUUCUUCUAUACACAGAGAGAAAUGUGGCUGCGGUGCCUGAAAUUAGGGGCUUAAUUGUGUGUGUGUUUUCCUUUUCCACUUGAAAAAGCUGCUCUUCAAUACUGUAUCUUUGGCAGCUUUUCAGUAAUUCACAUUUUAUGGGGGGAAAGUGGGUUUGCACUAAUCUAAGUAGCACAGAUGUCUAGCAGCACUUAACUCUUCUGGUUGAAUUAUUGAGGGGGACGCUUAAAUGAGAGAACUGCCUCUUCAAAAAAAAAAGAAAGUAAAUACUGUAGUUUUAAAAAAUCCCCUGUAAUCAAGGGCUUGCUGGAUGAAUAAAAAAAGUUGCACUUUUUUGUGGGGUGUGUAUGCAUGCGGUGAAAUUCCUGCAAAUGGAAUCUGCGUUGGAUUUUUUUUUUUUUUUUUGCUGUGAUUGUGCUGUUCCUUUGUAUGCGUGAGGUUUGAAGAGCUGGGCACUUCCAGGACUUGUGUUUGUGUUCUGCAGCUACCAAACCUGUCACGCAGUAGAGGCCUGACGAGACUUGCUAGAUUCUUUAGAAUCUGUCACCAUAAAUAAAUACAAUGUAUUGAAA